AACUUAAAUGAUAUUUUUCUGUCAUCCCAUGCUGUUGUGUGAUGUUUGUUCCUUGUACACAUUCAAGUAAUAUCCAUUAUUGAAAAGUAAUGAACAACCACAAACAAACAAAGCGAAAUUAUUUUUUACCAAUGAUAGACAACUAGAAGAUCUAACCCCAAACGCGACAGUGUCAUUAGUUACAAGCUAAACAUAACGUUCAAGCUGCUUCAACGAUGUUUGAUUGUUGGGUAUUCUCUCAAUCGGAAUCUUCAAUUAUAACUUGCUAUAAAGUUGCGGAAUUGCAAUAUUCUGGAAGCUUUAAAUUUUGAUACGUAGUUCUACAUUGAACAGUUUAAUCAUAAAUGUAGGAAUGAGCAUAGGCAAUUCGUCUCUUCCGAUUCUAAUAUUAAUACAAUCCAUUUCUAAAAAAUAUUUCUAAAUUCCUGAAAACACACAUCAAGAAAUUGUCAUAAUUUUGGUUUCAAUCUUUAAUCUAUUGUAUCAUUAAGCUCUCCGAUGUCUUGUAUGUGACAAGAAGCACAUCUCACAGUUACAAGUGAAUCUGCAAAAAAGUAAAACUGAACAUUCUUAUGUAAAAACCAACAGAUUGAUUUCGUGAGAUCUCUUCGGUUUAAAGUUUUUAUCCUAGCGAAAAAUGCUUGUGUUUUACAUAUCAUUAUGAAUUAGCAUUUUUGAAAAUGAGUUUAGUGAUAUCGGCAAGUGGCUCAAACCGGUUUGUGUGGAUCAUUACUUUUGUUUGGUUAACCAACCACCAACAGGUAUGAACUGCCUCGAUAUAAGUAUUAUCAAUCAGUCGUACGACGACUUCGUACGCUACCUGAGGUCGGUUUCAAAGUUCGUUGGUUUUACUUUCGUCGCGAUAUGGAACCUUCUAGUUGGUUGAUUCUACUUUUCACACUCACGCUAGCAAGAGCAUUCCAUUUCCCCGACGAUCCUUUAAGCGAACGAUUACAUUUCACCAAAAAAGUGUCAUCUCAAAGUGAUGGCUAUCAUCGCCAGAAUCAUCCGCUCCACUUCCAAAAGACCAUCAAUGAGUGUACCACACCGACGAGAUUGCGUGGACGCUGCAUCUCCAUCUACGAAUGUGACAGCAUACUGGACUACUUCAAGCAGCGGAUUCUCACCUGGGAGGAACGUGAGUUUUUGCGCAAAUCGCAAUGCACUGGGGCCAUUAGCGGACGCCAGCCGUUUGUGUGCUGUCCCGGUAACGGGUCCAAACCGGUCGUAACAUCCGAGGCGAGUCCUGCUGAACAGGCUACCACCACUACAACGCAGGCACCGUCCAGCGCUGCUCAGCCCGAUCAGCUUGCCGGUGGACUGUUGCCAAAUCCGAAAAAGAAUGAAUGCGGUUUAAGCAUCGGUAUGAGAAUAUACGGUGGUGAAAAUGCCGAUAUCGAUGAGUUUCCCUGGUUGGCGUUGAUGCAGUACGAAAAUCGGAAAGGUGAACGAAAGUUCAGCUGCGGUGGUUCACUGAUUAACAAGCGAUAUGUACUAACUGCCGCCCACUGUGUAGUAGGUGAAGUUGAACGCAAGGAAGGGAAAUUCGUUGGAGUGCGGCUAGGUGAAUACAACACCAACACCGAAAUCGAUUGCGUCAUGGAGGAACAGGAGGAAAUCUGUGCCGAUCCGCCGAUCGAUGUCGCCGUCGAAUCGAGCCUCGUUUACCCGGACUAUGAGCAGAUGGGUCACGCACACGAUAUCGCCCUCGUGCGACUGGCAAGGUCGAUCGAGUAUACUGACUUCGUGCAACCGGUUUGUCUACCGUUGACCGACUUCCGGGCAUCGAAGACGGGCGAAGUUGUCUUUGUCACCGGGUUUGGUCGUACACUUAAAGGAAGUCGGAGCGUUAUCAAGCAGAAGCUGGGAAUUGCGGUGUACGAGCACGAUCGUUGCCGGGAGAAGUACGCGACGAAGAAAGAGGUGAUAACUUCAAACCAGAUCUGUGCCGGAGGCGAAUUUAUUAAGGACUCGUGCCACGGUGAUUCCGGUGGUCCACUGAUGAAGCUCCAGAAGGUUUGGUACUUGGAGGGGAUCGUUUCUUAUGGAAAUAAGUGCGGACUAGAAGACUGGCCCGGUGUUUACACGCACGUUCCCGCAUAUAUGGCUUGGGUGAGGAGUAACAUCAUGGCAUAAAGGUUUUGCUGUGGGAUAUUUGCUUCAGGAAUGAGAUCACGAACAACAAAAUAAUUAUAUUGGGAUUAUUGUUAUAGAGCUUAAGCUAGGUGUAGGAGAAAGGCAUAAACAAAUUAAUUAGCGUUACUAAACCAACUACCAGUGCCAGUGACAUUCUGAGUAAACAAUCUGGAUGACGACACAUGUGUAAUGACAUCUGUUAGAACAAUUCUUUUCAUAGUAAGUGAUCAGAAAUGAUCUAUUAAUGAAGCAGAAUACAUUGUUCCCCUCCAACACCUUUUUUUUACAUCGAUUAAUACUCCAUUCAAUAAAAUGGAUCCGUAGGUCAACACCAGAUAACUUUAGAUGAUAAAGUGCCUUCCGUUAAAAAAUAAUGUUAUCAAUUCCCAUUUGCCUUUUUAUAAACAUGACAAUAAAAAAUCAUUUGCAACAGUA